GCUUAACAAAAGCAGAGCUCAUGGUGCAUUUGACCGUCUACGAUGUGAAGAGGCUGGAGUUGUAUGCUAAGAAUCUGGCUGACUAUCAUUUGUGCAUGGACUUGCUGCCUGCAUUGGCUCGUGUGUAUUUCCUCAAUCAAAUGGGUGAUGUCCAUCUGAGUCCCGUUCAAGCGGGGAUUCUGAUGGGACUGGGACUCCAGCAUCGAACUGUAGACGCCCUGGCCAAGGAGUUUGAGAUUCCAGCAACACAGCUUCUGGGUCUGUUCAACCGUAUUGUUCGCAAGAUUCUCACCUUCCUCAAUGGGGUGCUGGAGAAGGACCUGGAAGAGGCCCUGUCUCGCGUGAAAGAGCCAGAGAUGCAACCCCUAGCCCUUAGCCUAGACCAGGAACUCAAGGAUGCUGAGAAGGAGUUGAAGGAGAAACAAGGGAAGAAAUUGGCCAAUCUCCAGCUUGGGAGCCUUGAGCAGUUCAAGAUAAAGGGAUCAGAAGACGACUGGGAAUCUGUCCUCGGCAGCAAACACUCUGGAAUCGUCUCUGUCAAAAGUGGGGUCAAGAGGGCCUUGGGAAAUGACACCAAUGGACUUGGACUUGGAAACAUAGAGAAGACCAAGAAGAAGAAGAAAUUUAAGCCAAACCGAGGGAAAGGGAAGAAGAGAUGAAGUUCAAGUCAUGAAUUGUUUUUGAACUCCUGAACCAUGUUUCAUGUUGC